GCGUAGAAAUAUUGUAAAGUGUAUUCGCAUCUUACGCGAUUUUCGCGCCUCUAAUAAUCGGUCAUUUAGAAAAAUGUCAUCUUUAUAAUGAUACAUUCGCAUAUUCGUACGUCUCGCGAGUAAUUCUCUCAAAUUUAUUUCUCGUCACGGACGAAACCAAUUCAGUCAUUGGCCAUCCAACAGCCUUCGAGCUUCGCUUCGUUCUUCGUUCACUUUUUCUGACCAUGCAACUCGCCAGCUUCAACUUCGCACAUUUUACGACUAUAAAGGUAAAAUAAAAGGUUUCGAACCUUUUUUUUUGUGCAGAAAAACUUUUUUUUUCGUAGCUUGGAACGCGCGCAAGCAGUAAUAUUCGCCGAGUUUGAAAAAUAUAUGUCGGAUUUACGAGCUUUUCGUCGGCGUUGCGAUGGUAAGUUCAGCGUCCCGGUGCAGUUAUCUUUUAUCGCGUAUAGUAUCUCAAUAAUACUUUCGCGCAACACGAGUUUUUCGACGGUAAUUUCGACGAGGAUACCUACGAUUCGCCUUUCGCCAUCUCGUAAGACACAUGGUUCAUGUUGGCUACACUGCUCGUUCAUUCAUCUUGGCGCGAAAUCAGAGUGGACUACGUUUCAACGUAAUCUGACUCGUUUGGUUGGCUCAGUGUUGGCGCGAAUCCUCCAUGUGAUGUGUGCAUUUCCAUUAAUAUUUUAAGAGUUAUAUUCUACGUAAACGAUUCGUUUUAAUUUACCUAUCGCUUUUUAAAUCGGUUUUUUAUUCGGUUUCGUUUCACUUUUCGAGUAGUUUUGCAUCGUUUUUUUUUUUUUUUUGUAGUUUUAGUUGUAUUUUAACCGAUUUUAAUUUUCCUUUAUCGAUGAUUAUGAUUGUGUGGUAGCUGAUACCUGCAGUGUACUUUUUGCUCGAGUCAUCGAUGUAAUUGGAUCAUUUCAAAUUUUUAUUGCACUCAAUUACACGCAGAGCGGUUGUGAAUGACUCACAUACCGGAAGUGCUGGAGGUAAUGGAGGGCGGCGACAAUUCUACGUCCAAGAAGACCGAACGGGUUCUUCGAGUGCCGUAUAUUCUGGUCAUCUUCGUCAGCAUUGUGUUCUUACUUUCACUUUUAGUUUCAACCUUUCUGUUCUACAAGUAUAUGUCAUGCUGCGAGGAAAAUUCGGCCAGCGUUUCCGAGUACGAUGGAGAUUUCCGAGCUUUACAAGAUUUCCAUACAGCCAAGUCGACCAGAAACGUAAGACUACCCAGAGCCGUCGUACCGGAUUCGUAUCGUCUCAAAAUUAUACCGUUCAUUUGGGAAGGUAAUUUCACGUUUAACGGCGAAGUAUCAAUUGUGGUGAACAUAACCGAAAGCACGAAGAAUAUCACUCUGCAUUCGCUCAACUUGAACAUUUCGCAAGCUCAAAUCUUCAAGUUACCAAAACCAAUACCGAACGAACCUUUUGGAAGAGAAGAAGAGGUGGAAAUAUACGGUACAUCUGAAGACAAAGAACGUCAGUUCUUCAUCUUGCAUUUCGAUCAUUAUUUGGAAAAGGACUCUCAGUACAGAGUGUUCAUUCGAUACGAUGGUAUCAUUAAUGAUAACCUGCAAGGAUUUUACCGAAGUUCCUACAAAAUGGGAAGUCAGACGAGGUGGAUAGCGGUAACUCAAUUCCAAGCCACUGAUGCCAGACAAGCAUUCCCAUGUUUCGACGAGCCAGCAUACAAAGCCAAAUUCACGCUGAGUAUCGCAAGAUUAUCGAAUAUGACAACUUUAUCGAACAUGAGAGUUUCCGAAUUCGCUAGAAAAAUGAUCGGAUUACCGCCGGAUUAUGUGGUGGAUAUUUACGAAGAAUCCGUACCAAUGUCUACGUAUUUAGUGGCCUUUGCCGUUGUGGACUUUUACCAACUGUCGGAGACCAAAUUCCACGUAUGGGCUCGUCAAGAAGCGAUUGAUCAAGCUCGUUACGCUUUAACCGUUGGAUCGAAAGUUUUAACAUUUUACGAGGAUUAUUUUGAUAUUAAAUUUCCACUGCCUAAAAUGGACAUGAUAGCGUUGCCCGAUUUCAAUUCGGGAGCUAUGGAGAAUUGGGGAUUAAUUACUUUCAGAGAGACGACAAUGUUGUAUAAGGAAGGCGUCUCGACCAGAUUUAAUAAAGAAGACGUGGCCACGGUUGUAGCCCAUGAGUUGGCUCACCAAUGGUUUGGAAAUCUAGUCACUCCAGAUUGGUGGUCGGAUUUAUGGUUAAACGAAGGAUUUGCCACUUACAUGGAGUACAUCGGAACUGAUAAUGUAGAACCUACUUGGAAAAUUUUAGACCAAUUUGUGGUCGAAGAAUUACAGAGCGUUCUAAAUUUAGAUGCACUAGUUUCUUCGCAUCCUAUAUCGGUGCAGGUAUCAGAUCCGGAUGAAAUAAACGAAAUUUUCGAUGGAAUUUCUUACAGCAAAGGUGCAUCGAUAAUUCGAAUGAUGGAUCAUUUCCUUACAAAUAAAGUAUUCAAACAAGGACUGAGCAAUUAUCUGACCAAAAAAGCUUACCAUUCGGCUACACAAGACGAUCUGUGGGAUGCCUUAACCGAGGAAGCGCACAGAGUAGGCGUUUUAGAAAAUAACGUUUCGGUUAAACAAAUAAUGGAUACGUGGACUUUACAAAUAGGAUUUCCUGUAAUAACCAUUACGAGAAAUUAUCACAAUAAUACGAUCACAGUGACGCAGAGUAGAUUCUUUAUGAAUUCGAAUAACAGUUCUGAAGAGGACCACAGUCUAUGGUGGGUACCUCUGACGUACACGAGUAGCAAAAACGUGGAUUUCAGUCGCACCAAACCGUCUUAUUGGUUGCAAGCUGAGCCGCAGAUUUUCAUCGAUGAUGUGAUUGUUUCUCCCAACGAUUGGUUGAUAUUUAACGUUAAACAGACCGGAUAUUACAGAGUGAAUUAUGAUGACCGAAACUGGGAACUGCUAGUCAAAACUUUAAACGAUCCUGAUAAGUUCGGCGUUAUAGAUCCGGUCAACAGAGCUCAGAUAAUCAACGAUGCGCUAAAACUAGCUCACUCAGGCAUACUGAAGUAUUCCACCGCUCUGGAUAUUACACUGUAUUUACAAUACGAAUUGGAGUACGUUCCUUGGAUGGCUGCCUUCGGUGCAUUUGAAUAUUUGAACGAAAUGUUGAGACGAACUGGCUCUUACGAUAAAUUCAAGGAUUACCUGCUGUUCAUCUCAUCAAAACUGUACGAAAAUACAGGAUUUUUCGAAAAAUCAUCCGACGAUCAGUUAUUAAUUUACAAACGAGUCGAAGUAGUAAAUUACGCCUGUAAAUUAGGUUACGAAGACUGUAUUAGAAAUGCGGUUAACCAAUUCCAAAGCUGGAAGUUCACCCCAUCGCCGGAUAAUAACAAUCCAAUAUCUCCAAAUUUGAAAGGAACUGUUUAUUGUACGGCAAUCAGAGUCGGUGGCGAGAAAGAAUGGGAUUUCGCUUGGCAAAGGUAUCUGAAAUCGAAUGUUGGUUCUGAGAAAGAUAUAUUAUUAGGAGCACUGGGAUGUUCGAGAGAAACGUGGAUAUUAUCGAGGUAUUUGGAUUGGGCUUUAAACGAAACUUCGGGUAUCAAGAAGCAAGAUGUCGUCCGAGUAUUCUCUUCAGUUGCCAAUAAUGUGAUUGGUCAGCCAUUAGCAUGGGCCAUGUUGAGAGAUCAUUGGGAUAGAGUUGUUAAACAUUUGGGUUCCUCAUUAUUCGGAUUAAGCAGUAUUGUUAAAAGUGUACUCGCCAGCGUCAACACCGAACACGAAAUAAGAGAGAUCGCCGAUUUCUUCAAAAGACAUAAAAACGAGACAGGAGCAGCCAGUAGAGCAUUUAUACAAGCCAUCGAAAAAGCUCGCAGUAAUGAAGCUUGGAUGAGCAAAAAUUACGACUUAAUUGUAUCAUGGCUAUCUAAGCACGGACGCAGUAAUCUCGUUUAACCGAGAUAAUGAAAAUAAUAUUUUAGGGGCACACGAUAUAAGGAAGGAGAAAUUGAGUAAAUCAUUUACGACGAGCAUCACUUCUAACUGCUCAGAAAGAUCCUAUGUAAAGUUGGUGUUCAAAUAAUGUAAAAUAAAAAAAUAUGUAAGUAGGUUUAUGAUAAAUUACAACUUCGAAAGUGUAUGGAUCAUCUGAUCAUCAACACAACGCCUACUGCUGUAUGAUCGUUGAACUAUAAAAUGAAAUAAAAAGUGUGCUAAAGUGAGCGCUCUCUGUAAUCAAAGCAGCGUAUUCACAUGUGAUAAAUUUCAAAACAGCAAUUUUAUUUACGAAUAUCCUUCGACACGACGACGAUGUGUUUCGUCGUUUUUGAGUAAUUUUAAGCAUAGUUACCAGCUUAGUGAUAUAGAAAUCGGAUUGAAAUUAAAACUUCGCAAUUCUCGAAUCAUUCCAUAUUUUUUGAAAAUAAUAUAGGUACGUCAUGUUAGGCUUAGUUUAUUUUAAAAUUAUUUUAGGAAGUUGACAGAAAUGGGUACAUAAUUAAUAUAAUGUUUUAAAAAUUUAUUUCCCUAAAAAAUUUCGAAUUUAAAAAUCGUUUUAUGAAGUACAAAAUGUACCUAAAUGUGUAAAAAAAAAUCCAAUAUGACUAAGUGAUUUUUUUUCAAAUUGAAUUUAAUAAUUUAAUGAUUUUUGACGAAGUACCUAUUAAGUAUUAAGUGUUACUGCUCGCGGGAAAUACUAUUGAUACGUGUAAACGAUAAUUUAUAUUCAGUUUUAAUUAUACCGAUCGACGCUGUCGUCGUUGACCUGGCCACAUUCUUACAUUGUGUGCUUAAAAAUUGAAAUGUUUUAGUUACAUUCAUCGAUAUGUUUGUUUCAAGCCUCGUUUCGAAAAAUAUUGUUCAAAUUUUAAUACUUAGGUGGGUAUUUUAUAAGUUAAGGUGGAUAAAAGACCAUGAUUUGAAACUGACGAUCCGACGUUAUUUUUCGCCCUUGUCCCGAUGCCAAUACUUUGCCAGCAUUUUGUUGAUAAAUACAAUUUUUUUUUUCAAGGCUAUAAAAAUUAUCUGCUCAUAUCUGCAUGGAAAUGUUUCAUACUAUAGGUUGUUAUUUCCAAUAAUAAUUGACUCAUACACGCGUUGAUGUCAUAAAAAAAAAAUACAUUUUCUUAAAAAUUAAAAUGCUAAUUAUCGACUUUUACUUCCGAUUUAAAACGUUUAUUUUUAGUCCUUGAACUGGAAUAUAAAAACUAAAAACGUAAUUUUUGAUCUCUGGUCUGCUCGUGAAAACAUCAUCUAGGUAAACGACCUAAACCACAACUAAAUGUAUUUGAAAGUGUUCCAAAUAUUACAUUAUUUUAUUAUGUUUUUUUUUCUUUAGAAGGUAGGCUAAUGAUUCCGGCCUAAUCGAAUGCAUUUACGAGAAUAUUUUAUUUUUAUUGAUGUUUUUCCGUUCGCACUUUCAAUAAGAAAUCGUAUAUAUUGUACCUAUUCUUAUUUAAGUUUCUGUUGGUAGGUCUAUGUAUGUAUCUUGAAAACAAAAAACUAAAAAAUAAAACGUGUAAUUUAUAUAAGAAUAUUAUGCAGGCAUUUGUUUAUAAGUUGAAAAAUAUUGUACAUAGAUUAAUUUUAUACAUAUAAUACCUACCUUGGUAUAAUUUUACAAGGUAGGUACGCGCAAAUUUAUAUUUAACUAGUAGGUACUUAUUUCAUGCGCUUAUCGUACGAUGUAUCUCAUACACAUACUUACCAAAGUAUGUAAGUACCAAUAUAACUCUUGAUGAUGAAUUACGGAGUAUUAUGAUAUUGGCGAGAGUUGGAGUUACAAUCUGGUAAACUAUUUAAAUUGCAAAUUUUUAUCGAGAUGAAUGUCAUGCAUAUAGUAAUAAAAUAAUUGUACAUUACGUAUAUAUAUUUUUUUUAUUUAUUUAUCAUUAUAGCUAUUUUUUUUUUUUUUACAUGAAUGUACAAUAAAAAUUGGUAUUUUUUGAA